GCCUAUUUCACUCGCGGCCUCUCGGCAGUCAAAAUCGAUGGCUGCCAUCGCCUCCCUGUUCGCGGGGUUUACGCAGUAUGGCCUCCCACGUGCGGGGCAGGAUCCAUCGAAACAGGCGGCAGAGCGGCAAUUGGAAGCAUGGGGAUGGUGGGUUGCGUGCUGCCGUCGAAAUGGCGGGGAUGCGUGCCCCUUAUUCGCCGCUCCUGCCAUCCUGUCAUGCCCGUGACUGAGAUGCAGAUCCGAGACUGCGCCGAAUGGGCGACGCCACUUGUUUGCUUGCUCCGGCUGAUUAGCGAGAUGCCAGAACGAAGGGGCAACGGGUAUUUACGUGCUGGCACUCCGUUCAGGGAAACUCUCGGGUGCGCUUUUUAGGAAGUUGCGAGGCGGACAGUGUCGUGGGUAGGUGGUUGGCCCCCGGUUUGAACGGCCACACAACGUUGUCGUCGCUGAUACGCGUUACGGUGAGACUAGAACACAGGAGGAACACUCCGGGACA